AUGACUCGAGAAGAAAUGGGUGGCUCCGUUCGGAGUCUACCAUGGCUCAUCUGGGUUGUGGUCAUCUUUGGGUCAAUCUCUUCCGCUGGAUUUGGAUUUGACCAAGGAUGGUGGGCAGCCCUAAUGAGCUCUUCUCAAUUCGUUCAAAACUUCGGAUCUCUCGACCCUGUCACAAAGGAAUGGGCCCUUUCCUCCCAACAGCAGUCAUUGGGGACUGGUCUUGGAUAUGUUGGUGUUAUCAUUGGAGUCUUUGGUGGCUCACCGAUCAAUGAACGCCUUGGAAGAAAGAAUGCCCUGUGGAUCCAAAGUGCCGUGGUGACAAUUGGCAUUAUCAUAGAAUCCACUGCUCAGAGGAGCUACAUCCAAUUUCUCAUUGGUAAGCUCCUCGUCUACUUGGGUGGUGGAAUUGCAACCAGUGUCAUCCCUGCCUAUCAAGGAGAAUGUGCCCCGAAAUCCAUGCGUGGUUUGAUGGCUGGAACAUAUAACGCUUUUCUGAUGGUGGGUGGGUUUUUUGCCGCACUCAUCGUCUAUCUAUGCCAGCAUAUUCCUAGUAACUGGGCCUGGCGAGUGGUUGUGGUUGCCCAAAUCGCUAUCCCGGCUGCUAGCUGGGCUAGUCUGCCAUUUCUGCCUGAGUCACCAUACUGGCUUGUUUCUCGCGGCAGAUUAGACGAAGCAGUCACUUCCCUUCGAAAGCUGCGAGGUGCCUCUUUCCCUGCAGAGGCUGAGGUUGCUAGUAUGCAACAGUUGCUAGAGGAGCAACGCGAACGGCAGACCAACGCAACAUGGGCUAUCUGCUUCACAGAUUCGGUUAAUCGCCGGCGCACAAUAAUCUCUGUUGGAUCUCAGAUCUUUUCGCAGGCGCAAGGCAUAUCGUUUGUUGCCAAUUACCAGGCGGUCUUUCUCCGGGAAAUUGGAUUCAAGGAGGUUCUUUUGAUGUCAGUAGUGGUUUAUGUUAUCGGCAUAGUGGCCAACCUGGUAUUCAUGGCCACUACCGACCGCUUCGGCCGGCGUAACGUGCUGUUAUACUCUUCUGCAAUGCUGGGAGCCUGUAUGAUUACAAUUGGCGGGCUGACAGCGAAUGGACCUGACAGCAUGUCAUAUGAGAUGCAAGUCGGAGCUGUUGUGGUGCUGAUGCUAUGGUUUUUUUCCUUUCAAGUCACUUGGGGACCCUUGGCAUGGGUACUGACAGCUGAAAUUCCACCCGCCCAGGUGAGAGAGAAAACAGUGGCGCUAUCCGGACUGGGUGCCUAUCUAACUGGCCUGGUUAUCGUGUUUGUAAACCCUUUCACCCAAGCUGACAUUGGUGGCCGAGUUGCGUUUGUCUACGGAGCCUUUUCCGUUCUUGCCUUCCUGUUUGCUUUAUUUUUUGUGCCAGAGGUGAGACAGCGUUCGCUGGAGCAGAUUGAUGAGAUGUUCCUUGAUAAGGUGCCAACACGGGCAUUCAAGUCUCACGUUUGUCGGAUUCCUGGUGAUCUCGCUAUCAUGAAAGGAGAAGGAGAAGAAUUUGUGGAAAAUGCUUAG